UGGUGCUGUUGAGUGUGUGCUGCAUUUUUGCUGCAAUUCUGCUGUGUUUCUUUUGUAUUUCUACUGGAUUCUUGCUCCCAGCAUGUCUUUUGUUUCAACCUUGCCCUCGUCCAGCGGCUACACCAACAGUGCUGCCUCCAACGAGCCCAACCACAACAACGACCAUGACCAUAACAGCGUUAAUGCUUUCGUCAACAACGACGAUAAACCUCCUCAAAUUGUUUCAAUUGAUGCCUUGGACGACGAUAUCAUAGUCCAGAACACCACUGCUGCUGCUGCUGAUGCUGCUUCUGCCACCUUUCCAAGCCCUCCACACUCUGCUCUUGCUACCACUUCUGCCAACUCUACAAAGUUCAACGCUGAUGGGACCUACAUCAUUCCUAUCAGCGAUUCAGAAACAGCAUCUGAUACUGAAGACGACAUUGAUGAAGAUGUCAUUUUUGUCGACGAAGUCAUUCUAUCUGAUCCCAAACACACCCACCCACUAUCUGCUCAGGCUCCUGCUCUUGCCCAACCACUUCACAAUAGCUUUGAUCAAAACCCCUUCUCUAAACUAAAUCAAACGCCCAAUUUUACUCUUCUGGGCUACACAAACAACACAUCUAUCCAUCCUAAUAACUCAUCCUCCAUUUCCCAGAAUCAUCCAAAUCAAACUCAAUUCCAACCUUUUGAUCACAAUCAUAAUCAAAUGUUACUGCAAUAUCAAAAUGGUUCUUCUUCCUUAUCCAACUACCAAUCAUCUUAUAAUGAUUAUAGUAACCCUACCAACCCUAUAAUUCUAGAAAAUCAACCAAAUACCUCAAAUCAAAAUCUAUCUACACAAUAUCCAACUCCAGUGAAUAAUAAUAAUAAUAAUAAUAAUAAUAAUAACAAUAACAAUAACAAUAACAAUAACAAUAACAAUAACAAUAACAAUAACAAUAAUAACAACUUCAAUAUAUCAAAAAGAUUAUACUCAUUAACUUCACAACCUGAUUUUGAUUCAUUCAAAAAACAAAAAAGCCUCCUUCAACUAGCCCCUCUACAAAAAUCAUCACCCCCAAACAAUAAUAUAGAUAUAAUCGAUCUAACCAACGAUGAUAGCGAUAACAACGACGAUAAUGAUAACGAUAACAAUAAUGCCCUCUCUACCGAUUUCAUUUACAUCCCUUCAAAUAACAUCUCAUUCAAUAACAACAUUCAACAUCAACAAUAUGAUCAAUAA